UUUGCAUACCGUGCAGCGUGUCUCAUUAGUUACCUGUGGAUGUUCAACGACUGAAUUCGACAAGAUUUGAUUAUGCUGCCAGUGACCAUCAGGAAACAUGGUGAAAGAUUCUAGCGACAACACCAAGAAUGAGCCAUCAGUUGAUGACACAAUUCUGGACAUCUGGGAACUGGUUAACAAGAUCCUGCAGCAUCAAACUUUGCUGGAAAGCUGGAUGAAAGGUGGAUUUUUAAAUAUUGCCAAAACCAGGUACGUGAUGGGCCAGCACGCGGUGGGCGUGGAACAGUUGCCGGCCGGUGAGUGUCAGGUGAGCGCGCGACUCGUGGUGGAGCGGUGCCCGAGCGACGCCGACCACGCCGACGCCCAGGCGCCGCUGCCGGCCGCCUUCCGGCUGCGUGAGCAGCCCGCCGACGCUGGCGACGUGAGCGGCGGCGAGCCGCUGCGCUGGUUCUCGGCGCUGCCGCCAGGGGCGCUGCGCGACGCGCAGAAGCAGUUCCGCCGCGCGCUUGAGAUCAGCUGUGACAUCGCCACCAUGAAGGUACACCUGGCAGCGCUGAUGGCGCGGCUGGACGGCUGUGGGCCGACCGUGGCCGCCCUCGCCGACGCCGUCGAGUCCAUCUCGGUCAGUUGAGCUCCAGCGGCGGCCUUGUAGGUGCGGUGCAGCCACGCAGCCAGACAGCGUGGGAUACGGGUGGGUGCGGCGUCAGCAGGUGCGGGCUAUUCGUCAGGCAUCCUCGGCGACGUGGCACUGGGGUAUUCCACUUUGCGCGUUGCUUCGAAUUGUCUCGAGUGCUCCGUGGCCAUGAACGGGUUGUGUAACUCGCCUUGCGCGAGUUUGGUGGCCGUUGUCGCGUCUCGCCAAACUGCGUGGGCCCAUUGUAUGAGCCAUUCGUGGCACUGGCUGCUUGGUCCCAGUCCUCAUCUCGCGCACGGUCCGUAACGGGACCUCUGUCCCAGUCUAGUGUUCAGGACUGGUUCCGGUUGCCGCCCCUGCCCUGGCGUCCUCGUCCCUGGCGUGGUCCCAAUGCGAAUGGUACUCGUCGCGAGGUCUGGUCUCCAUCCUGUCCGCGGUGCUGGUGCGAGUUUGUGGUGUGGUGCCCACGGAGUGCUCG